AUGCGUACCGCUGCAUUCAUUGCUCUUCUGGCCUCCGUGGUCUCUGCCUCUCCCUUCGGCCAACGCUCUCAGGUUCUCGCCAGAGCAAGCGAGACUUGCCCCGUCGUCUUCGACGGCCGAGUCCCUGCCAAUGCCUCUCUGACCGACUUCGACACGGCGAAUGGCGGCGGCUGGAACCCCUACAACCCCGGCUUCGUCAAGGGAAACAACAUCUCCUGGUCCGAGAUUCUUCAGCUUCCCAAGACCAAGACCAAGUCGCGCUUCGAUACCGAGGCUGGUACCAUCCCACUUGAGGUCACCAUCAGCGACAAGAGUAUCUUCAUGAAGCAGCUUGGCUUCAGACGUGCUGGUCUGCAGUUCAACAAGGAUAGCAAUGAGGGCAGCCCUGGAUCCAAGGGUGUAAAGACUCUGCACUUUAGCAUCAUGCAGGAUGACAAGCGUCCUCUCAACCUUAGCCAUGAGUACCUGAAUGUCUGGCACGAGAAGGCCGAUUUCUCCGGCAACCAGUUCCAGUUCCAAGCUGGUCAACUCAUCGGACAGAACGGCACGGCUGCUACCUGGAAGCUUCUCGACCAGGACUUCAAGCUUCUCUGGGAGACUCCUAUGCUCAAGAAGGUGUGGCAGAACUUUGCCAUCACUCUCAACUACGAGAAGAACACCAUCCAAGCCUACUACUCCAAGGGUUGCAAGCCUCUCAAGGUCGCUACUCAGCCCAUCGCCCGCAACUUGACCGGCCAGGGACAGUUCCAGAUUGGUAUCCUCAAGAAGCCUACUGGUACCGAUGAUGUUGCCAACUCUGGAUUCCAGGAGGCCAACUUGAACGAGGGACUUAUUUACGGCGGUAUCUUCCUUGAGGACAGCGCGGAUGGAUGUGUCUCUCUCUAA